AUGUUGCGAGUGUGGGCACAUCCGAAUUUCGAGACAAUUCUUGGACAAUUGAACUCUUUCGACAACCCCUUCUCGACUCAUAUACCCCUGUCGACCAAUUUCGCCAUGGCCGAUAUCGAUGUCAAGGUCGCUUCAUGGAAGCUGGUCGAGGUUGGCCGCCUAGUGCUGAUCCGCAGCGGCCCCUUCGAAGGCAAGCUCGCUGCCAUCGUUGAGAUUGUGGACCACCGCCGUGUCCUGGUCGACGGUCCCUCCACCGAGGAGAAGAAGAUCGUGCCCCGUCACGUUCUCCCUCUCGCCCACGCCACCCUCACUCACUUCACCAUUCCCCAGCUUCCCCGUGCUGCCGGUACCGGUCCCGUGAAGAAGCUCUGGGCUAAGAACGAGAUCGAUGGCAAGUGGGCCAAGAGCUCCUUCGCUCAGCGCUCCGACCGUGCCGAGCGCCGCAAGAACCUUUCCGACUUCGAGCGCUUCAAGGUUCUGCGCCUCCGCAAGCAGGCUCGCUACGAGGUCCAGAAGUCCCACGCCAAGGUCCGCGCUGCCAUCAAGGCAUAGAUGAUUACGAGGUUUCGGUUGCAUGGGUUGAAGGAGGUGUCCUGGAAG